AUGUUGUUCAAAGUGGACUCUACCGGUAGUGAAACCGAAAAGACUGAAAACAACGAAUUUAAAGUUCUGGAUAUAGAAAGGCAUUGUCUUGAUUAUACAGACAAUUCUACACGUUUUUAUCAAGCUUCUCGAGAUUUUUCUCGGCAGUAUGCUCACAUAUACUCGGCAAGAUUGAAUACUUUUCGAAAUAUAUUGAUUCCUAUAAUAAAUAAAAGAUGGUCUAACAAAUACAAAAUAUUAAAACUGUGUGAACUGCGAGAUAAAGGCACAACAUGUAUUAUUAUAGGAACACUUUUUAAAUUACAAGAAUUAAAGCCGAGUAUUCUAAAAGAACUCUCAGAUCAACUAGAGAUAUUGCCUCAGCCAGCUAGAACUCACUUUGUUCAUGAUACCGAUUCAGUUGUGUUGGAAGAUGAAUUACAAAGAAUUAAAUUAUCUGGUGAUUGUAUAGAUGUUAACAAAAUUGUAACGGGUGUUGUUGCUGCUUUACUAGGAAGUGAAGAUGAAGAUGGAGUUUUUACAAUUAAAGAUGUCUGCUGGGCUGAGUGUCCGAUACAAAAACCACUUCCAGAAUUAAAUGAUGAUAGGUAUGUGGUUUUAAUGUCAGGCUUAAAUUUAGCAUCAAAAACUGGGGAUCAUCUCUUUUCACUAAACUUAUUUCUGGAAUGGUUAUCUGGUUUCUGUGGUACAUCUCAAUAUCAAGAACAAAUGUCUAAAGUAGUCAGAGUUAUAAUAGCAGGUGGAAUAUAUGCAAAUCAAUCAAAUGCAAGUACACUUACAGAAUCAGAUGUGAUAGUUGCUUCAGAUGUGGUGGAUUCCUUUGCUGCAGCGGUCAGUGCAGUUGUCCCAUUAGACUUAAUGCCUGGUUGUAAAGAUCCUAAUGGAAUAAUGUUACCUCAAAAACCUUUCCACUAUUGUCUAUUUCCAAAAGCAAUAGAAUACAAAUCAUUUAAUCGUGUUUCUAAUCCAUAUGAGUGUGAUAUUGGAGGUUUUACAUGUUUAGGAAACUCUGGAGAGCCUAUUAACGAUAUCAUGCGGUAUAGCGAGCUUGACAAACAUUUAGACGUAAUGAAGAAGACCUUGCAAUGGCGCCAUGUAGCCCCUACCUGUCCAGACACAGUACCCUGCACACCAUGCCUAGACACUGAUCCAUUUACUAUAUACAAUUGUCCUGCAGUGUAUUUCACUGGAAACUGUGCUGAAUUUUCAACUGAACUUUUUACAGGAGCUCAACAACAACAGAUACGAUUAGUAUGUAUACCUGAUUUUUGUGAAACAAAAACCGUGGCUCUUGUUAAUCUUAAAAACUUGGAAUGUUAUAGCAUGUUAUUUAAUUAAAUGGAAUGUAAUGCCUCAGGUUAAUAAAAUAAUACUGUAAUUAAGUGAAUAAAUAUUGUAUCAAAUGGAAUGAAGGAAGACCUUUUUGUAUUAGAAAAAGUAUCGUUAAUAACAACAACAGAUAUUGAGUUAUGUGUAUUUUUAAAUAAAGGUAUUUUUUAUUAA